UCACCCGAUCUGCCCCUCACGAUGACCGCCUCGCUCAUCCUCACUAGCCUCCCACGCGACUCGGCCUCGGCGCUUGCCGAAGCCAACGCCAGCUUGUUCCCUACUGAGCAAAAGGUCAUUGUGCGCUUCAAGCCCGUCGGCGGGUCGGCGCCUCCCCUGUCGCAGAAGAGGGAGCUAUCGAGGAUCAGCGCGGCGGCCAAGUUUGAGGCUGUCGUGGCGUACUUGCGGAGGAUUUUAAAGGUCGGGGAAGGCGAGAGCCUGUUCCUGUAUGUCAACUCGACAUUUGCGCCUGCGUUGGAUGAAAUUGUUGGGAAUCUGUGGAGGUGCUUCAAGGAUUCAAAUGACCAGCUUAAUGUUGGAUACUCGUUGACGCCCGCCUUCGGCUGA